AUGGAGAUGAUUCAACUCUUGGAAGGAGUCGAUUUCAAUUCACUUUACAAGCCACGAAUAUAUGUGGCGGCUGACAAUGAUAAAUUGAGUUGCGAAAAAAUUAAAAAUUUCGAAAACCGUAAGGGCGGCGUGGAAAAUGUCGAUUUUGUCGUUCGAAUCAUACCACGAAGUCGCCGAGUUGGACAGUCUUGGGUGUCGACACCUUUCAGCGUCAUAAAAGCAUUGUUCGCGAGCGUGAAUAUAGUACUGUUAGGCUUGCCCGACCUGAGUCAGAACCCUCUCUCUGUCUGGCAAGCUGUUGCUCAGAUUUGCGGAUAG